CUUCCGGGCUGCAUUGAACCUCUUCAGCUGCCGUAAGCAGUGGGUCGAAAGUGCCGAUCAAAAUGGAAGUGAAUCCCCCCAAACAGGAGCACCUGCUGGCCCUGAAAGGUCCUGUUUUCCUCUGAUUUGGAAAGAGAGUCUUAUAAUUAAAAAUUACAUUCUAGCGCUGAGGAGCGCAUCUAAGAAAUGUUUUCUUCAUUAAGAGUAACUGGAUUACUGCAGAAUGACUACAGAAGUAAUAUUACAUUAUCGACCAUAUGAGAAUGAUCCCACACAACUGCCAAAAAUUGCAGAGAAAGCAAUCCAAGACUUUCCUACACGUCCGCUAUCGAGAUUUAUUCCUUGGUGUUUGCAUGAUGGGUCCAAACUUCCACUCAAACCUAAAAGAUCACCACCUGUGAUUUCUGAAGAGGCAGCUGAAGAUGUGAAACCGUACUUAACCAUUUCAGAACGUGAUGUUAAAUCACAGAGUUAUGAUUGCACAGUAGAUCUUUUGGAAUUUCAACCUAAUUUAAAAAACAGGAAGCACUUAAUCCGGUCACACUCACUGAAUGAGCAGACUAAUUCUGGAACUCUAGAUAAACAUUCAGAAAAGGGAAGACAGCACAAGAAGAGGUUUUGGAGUGUUUCACUUCCCAACAGUAAUUGUACUGAAAAUAUUUUUCCUUUGUCUAAAAAAUUGCAAGAUAGUUUAAAGGCACUGAAUUUGCAUUCACUUUAUAGAGCAAGAUGGACUAUAGAGCAUGCUAUUUGUAACAACCAAACUCUGGAAGACAUUUGGGCAAAACUCAAUCAAAUCAUCAGGCACAAUGAACUUCCAUCUUGUAAUGCUACAUUUCAGAGACACUUAGGCCAAAUUUGGGUGUUCUGUGAUAUUAUGUACUGUGAAUAUGUGGGAAGUCUUCUUAAAGGAAGUGAUGCGGUUAACUAAGCCUACUUUAUUCACCAAUAUUCCAGUAACAUGUGAAGAAAAAGACUUACCUGGAGAUCUCUUUAACCAACUCAUGAGAGAUGAUCCUUCAACUGUAAAUGGUGCAGAAAUUUUAAUGUUGGGAGAAAUGUUGACUUUACCACAGAAUUUCGGGAAUAUAUUUUUGGGAGAGACCUUUUCCAGUUAUAUCAGCGUUCAUAAUGAUAGCAAUCAAGUUGUAAAAGAUAUAUUAGUAAAAGCUGAUCUUCAGACAAGUUCUCAGCGUUUAAAUCUUUCAGCCUCCAAUGCUGCAGUGGCUGAACUUAAACCUGAUUGUUGUAUUGAUGAUGUCAUACACCAUGAAGUAAAGGAAAUUGGAACACACAUCUUGGUGUGUGCAGUGAGCUAUACAACUCAGGGUGGAGAAAAAAUGUAUUUUAGAAAAUUCUUCAAAUUUCAGGUUCUCAAACCAUUGGAUGUGAAAACCAAAUUUUACAAUGCAGAGAGUGACCUCAGUUCUGUGACUGAUGAAGUAUUUCUCGAAGCCCAGAUUCAGAAUAUUACAACCUCACCCAUGUUUAUGGAGAAAGUUUCAUUGGAACCAUCAAUAAUGUACAAUGUAGCAGAAUUAAACUCAGUCAGCCAAGCUGGAGAAUGUGUAACUACGUUUGGGUCAAGAGCAUAUUUGCAGCCCAUGGAUACACGCCAGUAUUUGUACUGCCUAAAACCCAAGAAGGAGUUUGCAGAAAAAGCAGGCAUCAUUAAAGGAGUAACAGUAAUUGGAAAAUUGGAUAUAGUGUGGAAAACAAAUCUAGGUGAAAGGGGAAGAUUACAGACCAGCCAACUUCAGCGAAUGGCUCCAGGUUAUGGAGAUGUUAGAUUGUCUUUGGAGGCAAUCCCAGAUACCGUAAACCUAGAAGAACCUUUUCAUAUUACCUGUAAAAUAACAAACUGCAGCAGUGAAAGGACUAUGGAUCUGGUUUUGGAAAUGUGCAAUACCAAUUCUAUCCACUGGUGCGGCAUUUCAGGAAGACAGCUUGGGAAGCUGCAUCCUAGUUCCUCCCUCUGCCUUGCCCUCACUCUGCUGUCCUCAGUACAGGGACUGCAGAGUGUCUCCGGCUUAAGACUAACAGACACGUUCUUAAAGAGAACAUAUGAAUAUGAUGACAUCGCACAGGUCUGUGUGGUAUCUUCGGCCAUUAAAGUGGAGAGCUGAAGAAGAUUUCCAAUGUUAUGCUUUUCAUUGAAUUUCACAGAACUUUUUGUAUUUUUGUCACCUUUGUGAAAUCAAGUCUACAACAAAAAUAAGUACCUGUUAUUUAAAUUUCUUUUCUGCCAAAGUUAAAAUAUUAAAUACUUGUGUUGAAAAGAACCAUCUACAGAUUUUAUCUCGUGAGUUACAUUCUGAAUGGACAUUUGUACAUUUUCUACACUCAGCCUAUUCCAUUUUUAGAUAACCAUUGGACUUUGUUCUCCAAAAGCUCUGUAUUUGAGGCUGUUUGUCCCUAGCAAGUAUCUGGAAUGGGGGGUUAGCAAACAUUUUAUGUAAAGGGCCAGAUACUAAAUAUUUGUCUUUGCAGGAAAUGUGGUUUCUGUUGAAAAUACUCAACUCUGCUGUCAUAGUGGGUCAGCAGCCAGGAGGCAAAAAGAGCAGGCAGUAUUUACAGAAACAGGCAACUGGCCAGAUUUGGCCUGUAGGCCAUCAUUUGCUGACCUUGGUCUAAAAGAUACAGUUGUUUAAAACUUUCGACUCUUAUACUUUAUUUAAGUUUCCAAUUAACCCCAGUUUUUUUCCUAACUCCUCAGUCAGCAGAAAAAGCUUAAGACAAAGGGAGUAGGGCUCAUGUAACCUUAUAUUGCUAACACAGUAUGAGUUCUCCUCAGUUUUCAGUUAUUCUGUUUGUAUGUACCUAUGUUUGUAGUUACAUAUUAACCCACAUGGUCUAAAUUUCAGUUACUAACAGCAGAUCAGAAUUGGUUUAAUUUCUUGGAUUGUUGAUUACUGUUAACUUUUAACUAAGAAUCCUGAUAAUUUUCUAAUUCUAAGCCAAAAAGUCCUGGUUUGUUUUUUUUUUCCACAUUGAAAAAUAAGCCCCUUACUUUCAUAAGGCAUGUUUAAAGGAUUUCCACCUCUGCUAUUUGAUUUUGAACUCUACGUCAUGUAUUAAUACUAUAAGACUGUCUCUGUAUGUAAUCACAGUGAUUUACUUAUUCCAGGAACAAAAGAGUAAGAAAGUUAAGAUUGUAAACAAGUUUGCAACAUGAAUAUAUAAUAUAUAAGUUUCAAUAUUUUGUAAGGAAACCAAAAGCUUAUGCUGUUAAAUAAAAGCUUAUUUUGGUAAGUUGAAAUUCAAGGAUGUAAAUAUAAUUGCUUAAAUGUUAGAGUGCAUUAAGUCAAAUAUAAAAAUUGGUUUUUCUUAAAUGCAUAAUUAUUUAUUGCCAUGACAAAUUAUUUGGUCCAGAGUAAAGCUAUAUUCAAAACGAGAUUUGCCCCUUAAGUUGCACUAAUGAAAUAUCUGUGCAAAAUAAAGUGCAAGCA